CUGGGGCCGGACUAGCCCAGCGCGUCUGCCUACCCACAGGGAUUCCCUCUCCAGCCAAUCCGCUCAGAGCAGAGGAGCUGCCCCGAACAAAGAUGGCGCGGGAGGCGUCUGUGAGGGCAGACUGAUCCGAGCACCCAAACCCUCGGCGGACAGCGGAGCCAGUGGUAGCGGCACGGCCCCAACCAUGGAGGAGGGCGGCAGCACUGGCAGUGCUGCCAGUGACAGCAGUACCAGCGGGAGUGGCGGGGCGCAGCAAAGGGAGCUGGAGCGCAUGGCUGAGGUCUUGGUCACCGGGGAGCAGCUACGGCUCAGGCUGCAUGAAGAAAAGGUUAUUAAAGAUAGACGUCAUCAUCUCAAGACCUACCCAAACUGUUUCGUCGCAAAAGAACUGAUUGACUGGCUGAUUGAACACAAAGAGGCUUCCGACAGAGAGACGGCAAUUAAACUCAUGCAGAAAUUAGCAGACCGGGGCAUUAUUCACCAUGUGUGUGAUGAGCAUAAAGAAUUCAAGGAUGUCAAACUCUUCUACCGCUUUAGAAAGGAUGACGGCACCUUCCCAUUGGAUAACGAAGUGAAGGCCUUUAUGAGGGGACAGAGGCUGUAUGAAAAGCUGAUGAGCCCUGAAAACACACUCCUGCAGCCCAGGGAGGAGGAAGGGGUCAAGUAUGAGCGCACCUUCAUGGCAUCUGAAUUCCUGGACUGGCUGGUUCAGGAAGGUGAGGCCACCACAAGGAAAGAGGCAGAGCAGCUUUGCCACCGGCUUAUGGAGCAUGGCAUCAUCCAGCAUGCUGAAAGCCUAUGUGCUCUAGUGAGCCGAGACCAUCCCCUCGUUGACUGUGUGUGUUCUCUGGCCUACACAGUGAGCCCCAGCAAGGAGAUCAAGAUCGUGUCUGCAGUGAGGAGGAGCAGCAUGAGCAGCUGUGGCAGCAGCGGCUACUUCAGCAGCAGCCCCACCCUCAGCAGCAGCCCCCCUGUGCUCUGCAACCCCAAGUCCGUGCUGAAGAGACCUGUCACCUCUGAGGAACUCCUUACUCCCGGGGCUCCAUAUGCAAGGAAGACAUUCACGAUUGUUGGUGACGCGGUUGGCUGGGGUUUUGUGGUGCGAGGAAGUAAGCCAUGCCACAUCCAGGCUGUAGACCCCAGUGGCCCUGCAGCCGCAGCCGGAAUGAAGGUCUGUCAGUUUGUCGUCUCUGUCAAUGGGCUUAACGUCCUGCACGUAGACUACCGGACCGUGAGCAAUCUGAUUCUGACGGGCCCACGGACGAUUGUCAUGGAAGUCAUGGAGGAGUUAGAGUGCUGAGCUCCUGGGCCUCCCAGCCCUCCAGCGGCCUGUGGGUGAUCGAAGCCAGAAUGACACAAAGCAAUGCAAUGGCAAGAUUUCCAUGCAAAUGGAUGGUUUUGGACAUACGAAUCUUCUCCGCACAUACAUGUCUAAAGUUGAGUUUUAUACACUGAAUGUGGAAGAACCGGGUAUCAUAUCUUUUUUAAAAAAUGUCAGUGUAGAAAACAUUUGGGAAACCGUUUUCCUACAUGAUAGAACUGCCUUACUAGAUUUCUAUUUGUAGUUCUCAUUCAUUGUUUUUUAUCUUAGUUUGCAUUGUUUUGUAUCUUAAUGUGUUGAAAUGCUUCUCUAGCACAAACAGCCACAUCUAAAGUCCCCUUCCUCAGAGUCAAUAGAGUAGUUGUUAAAGGUUUUAAAUUGUACUUUCUCCAAAAUUAGCAUGCAACUAUUUAAUAGGGAAUCUAGAUUUCACCAAGAUUCAAAUCAAAGCAACAUUUAAAGGAAUAAGACCUGCUCACUAGCAUUUUCAAGGGGAUUCUAAAGCAUUCAAGUGCUUAAAAGCCAUAAAAGAUGACUUCUUAAUUCCUGCCUUUAGUGUCAACUUUUAAGUUAAUACAGGUUUCAAUUGUGGCAUUAGCAAAAAAAAAAAAAAAAAAGAAACAAACAAAACAAACUUUGUGAUGCUAUGGGUGGGGCUAGUUAGGGAGAGACUACAUAAAAUUGUGUGCCCCUAUUUUCUUUCUGAUCCUAAAUCAUUUUGUUUUAUAAAUCAGCUAUAGCAUCUUUCUAGAAUUAAUCCUGAGUAUGUUGAAUGUUAAAAUAGAGAAGUUUGUAUAUACACAUUAUUAAAAAUCAACCCUUCUGGCAAUAUUUCACUUUGAAGGUGUCUGUUUUUAAAGGAAGUCUAAAACUUUGCUGAUACGUGAUAAAACUUGAACUCUAA